GCGGCAGUCGCGGCACUCGCGGCCCGUAUACUCCAGCGAACAUGCGCCUGACCAUCACUGCCCUAUUCGGGGUCCUCCUGGCCUGCUUUUGCCUUUCAGCAUACGCAAUGACAUGUGAUCCGAGUCAGAGAAAGUAUGGAUGCACAAUCAGCAUGGAUAAUAAGUGCCGGUGCUACUACGGCUGCAAUAUGGAGCUCCCGUACGACUCACUGACCGAUUGUAAUAAAGACCUCAAUGAGCGGGGUUCGAACGCGUGCAACCGCCGGCCUUGCCGCCGCGGUAUCUGCACGCAGACCGUGCUGGCGCCGGGCUUCGCCUGCAAGUGCGACGGCACCGGCUUCUACGGAAACUACUGCGAAAAACCAUGCCCCACUGCGCGUUUGCAUUACGGACAAGUCUUCCCCCACGAGUGUGUCGUCAUAUAAAACAAGCUCGCACGUUCAAUUCUUUAUAUCUAUAGUGUAGUACUUAAAAUAAAUAAAAGUUGUGUAAUUGUA